GGGGAGGUGGCAUACGCUUGCCAAUCAGAGCUGCCCGGGGCCUGCCGUCGGCAGCCGACGACCAAUAGAUGAAGCCGAGCAGAGCGCGCUCCCUUAGUAGGUGGAUGGUGGUCGAAGCGCCGGCUCCCUUCUCGCCGUCGCCAUUUUGUGCUGGUGACUGCGGCCGGCUGGGAGUAGGCGGCAGUGGGUUUCCCGGGGAGGGUGGCGCGCUUGGCGCUUCUCCCCUCCCCGCUCUUCCGCCCUCCCGCUUCCAGUCUCAGACUUAACGCUGGUGCGGGCCGGCCCCGGCUCAGCUGGGAGAGUUGGAGGAGGUGGCGGCGCGCAGAGGUGAUGUCCGGGAGCCCUCCCUUGACAGCCCGGGCCGAGAAGGUGAGCGUCGUCGCUGGUCGUGGGGGCGGAGAGUCCCUGCAGGAGGCAUCACCCAGGCUGGCAGAUCAUGGUGGCAGCAGCGGGGGUGGCUGGGAAGUGAAACGGAGCCAGCGGCUGAGGAGGGGCCCCAGCAGCCCCCGCAGGCCCUAUCAAGACAUGGAGUAUGAAAGACGAGGCGGUCGCGGGGACAGGACCGGCCGCUAUGGAGCCACCGACCGUUCGCAGGACGAUGGCGGGGAGAACCGCAGCCGCGACCAUGACUACCGGGACAUGGACUACCGCUCGUACCCCCGCGAGUACGGUAGCCAGGAGGGCAAGCACGACUACGACGACUCGUCUGAGGAGCAGAGCGCAGAGGAUUCCUACGAGGCCUCCCCGGGCUCCGAGACUCAGCGUAGGCGGCGGCGGCGGCACAGGCACAGCCCCACUGGCCCGCCAGGCUUCCCCCGAGACGGCGACUAUCGGGACCAGGACUAUCGGACCGAGCAAGGGGAGGAGGAGGAGGAGGAGGAGGAGGAGGAGGAGGAGGAGAAGGCCAGUAACAUCGUCAUGCUGAGGAUGCUGCCACAGGCAGCCACUGAGGAUGACAUCCGGGGCCAGCUGCAGUCCCACGGAGUGCAAGCGCGGGAGGUCCGGCUGAUGCGGAACAAAUCCUCAGGUCAGAGCCGGGGCUUCGCCUUCGUCGAGUUUAGUCACUUGCAGGACGCUACACGAUGGAUGGAAGCCAAUCAGCACUCCCUCAACAUCCUGGGCCAGAAGGUGUCCAUGCACUACAGCGACCCCAAGCCCAAGAUCAAUGAGGACUGGCUGUGUAAUAAGUGUGGCGUCCAGAACUUCAAACGCCGAGAGAAGUGCUUCAAAUGUGGCGUGCCCAAGUCAGAAGCGGAGCAGAAGCUGCCCCUGGGUGCAAGGCUGGAUCAGCAGACGCUGCCGCUGGGUGGACGGGAGCUCAGCCAGGGCCUGCUCCCCCUGCCUCAGCCCUACCAGGCCCAGGGAGUGCUGGCCUCCCAAGCCCUGUCACAGGGCUCGGAGCCAAGCUCGGAGAACGCCAAUGACACCAUCAUUUUGCGCAACCUGAACCCACACAGCACCAUGGACUCCAUCCUGGGGGCCCUGGCACCCUAUGCGGUGCUGUCCUCUUCCAAUGUACGCGUCAUCAAGGACAAGCAAACCCAACUGAACCGCGGCUUCGCCUUCAUCCAGCUCUCCACCAUCGUGGAAGCAGCCCAGCUACUGCAGAUUCUACAGGCCCUGCACCCGCCGCUCACCAUCGACGGCAAGACCAUCAACGUUGAGUUCGCCAAGGGUUCUAAGAGGGACAUGGCCUCCAACGAAGGCAGCCGCAUCAAUGCUGCCUCUGUGGCCAGCACUGCCAUUGCUGCGGCCCAGUGGGCCAUCUCACAGGAUGAGGGCUAUGGCGGCAGCCAGGGCUCAGAGUCCUCCCUCUAUGCCCAUGGCUACCUCAAGGGCACCAAGGGCCCUGGCAUCGCUGGAACCAAAGGGGACCCGGCUGGAGCAGGCCCUGAGGCCUCCCUGGAGCCUGGGACAGACUCUGUGUCACUGCAGGCUUUCUCCCGUGUCCAGCCCGGUGCCGCACCUGGCAUCUACCAGCAAUCAGCCGAGGCGAGCGGCAGCCAGGGCGCCGCUGCCAACAGCCAGUCCUACACCAUCAUAUCACCUGCUGUGCUCAAAUCUGAGCUCCAGAGCCCUACCCAUCCCAGCUCGGCCCUGCCACCAGCCACCAGCCCCACUGCCCAGGAGUCCUACAACCAGUACCCUGUUCCCGACGUUUCUACCUACCAGUACGACGAGACAUCUGGCUACUACUAUGACCCCCAGACCGGCCUCUACUAUGACCCCAACUCCCAGUAUUAUUACAACGCUCAGAGCCAGCAGUACCUGUACUGGGAUGGGGAGAGGCGGACCUACAUCCCUGCCUUGGAACAGUCGGCCGACGGGCAUAAGGAGACAGGGGCCCCCUCGAAAGAGGGUAAAGAGAAGAAGGAGAAGCACAAGACCAAGACAGCCCAACAGAUUGCCAAGGACAUGGAGCGCUGGGCCCGCAGCCUCAACAAGCAAAAAGAAAACUUCAAGAACAGCUUCCAGCCCAUCAGCUCCUUGCGAGACGAUGAAAGACGGGAAUCGGCCACCGCAGAUGCUGGCUAUGCCAUCCUCGAGAAGAAGGGAGCGCUAGCUGAGAGACAGCACACCGGCAUGGACCUCCCGAAACUGGCCAGUGAUGACCGCCCAAGCCCGCCUCGGGGCCUCGUGGCAGCCUACAGCGGGGAGAGUGACAGCGAGGAGGAGCAGGAGCGCGGGGGCCCGGAGCGGGAGGAGAAGCUCACUGACUGGCAGAAGCUGGCCUGUCUGCUCUGCCGGCGCCAGUUCCCCAGCAAGGAGGCGCUCAUCCGCCACCAGCAGCUCUCCGGGCUACACAAGCAAAACCUUGAGAUUCACCGGCGAGCGCACCUGUCAGAGAAUGAGCUGGAAGCGCUGGAGAAGAACGACAUGGAGCAAAUGAAGUACCGGGACCGUGCAGCUGAGCGCAGAGAGAAGUACGGCAUCCCUGAGCCACCAGAGCCCAAGCGGAGGAAGUACGGCGGCAUGUCUGCAGCUUCCGUGGACUUUGAGCAGCCCACGCGGGACGGGCUGGGCAGUGACAACAUCGGCAGUCGAAUGCUCCAGGCCAUGGGCUGGAAAGAGGGCAGUGGCCUGGGCCGGAAGAAGCAGGGCAUCGUGACGCCCAUUGAGGCCCAGACGCGGGUGCGGGGCUCCGGCUUGGGUGCCCGAGGCAGCUCCUACGGGGUCACCUCAACCGAGUCCUACAAGGAGACACUGCACAAGACAAUGGUGACCCGCUUCAACGAGGCCCAGUGAGCAGCUGCGAGAGCUGCUUCUUCAUGUGUCGGGUGUCCAGCCCGGGGCAGGAAAGGGUGAAGUGGUGGGUGGUCUGAGUGGGGCCCUGCACCUGUCUGCCAGCCUGUCCCCAGCCAGAGAGGCCCUGACCAAGUCAGACUUUAAGGUGGUGGCUUUUGUUGGAAAGCUGGGCUGGGAUCAUGCUCUUCUUUUUGUAAUAAAAGCUGAAAAGUCUGUA